ACACGGGAGGAGGCCGGCGCUGAGUGGCACAGAGCGCGAAAAAGUGACAAGCGCGCCAAACGCGCCAAACAUGGCGAGAGCGGGAAGAGUAGCGGCUGCCCGUCGAGCACGUGGGAGCCACGUUGUCGUCGCCGGCGUGCUUCUUGUGCUAGUAGCGGCAGUGAUCGCCAGCUUGUUGGUCACACCCGCUGAGGCAAGGGGGCAGCCUCCGCGAGCCCCAAAGGCGGGUGGAAUUGGGCGCUGCGCUGAGAGCCGCAGGCAGGAGGUUCGACAGAUUGCGGAGUGGGCGGUAAGUGAGUACAACAAGAGAUUGGCGAAGGCGGGAAAGCCGCCAGUGAAAUUGCUCCGCGUCGUGUCUGCCAGGUGUCAAGUUGUGGCUGGCACCUUGUAUUACAUCAAGGUGAGGCUGCUGAAGGCAAAGGGGAAAACGCCGACGAAGACGUUCAAAGUCUGGGAUCAGCCAUGGGUUCCUCAUCGCGAGAUAAUAAACAGAUGGUGGGUUCGAAUACCUACCAAGACAAUAUUUUCCUAUGGGCGACUCCUCCCUGUCUUAGCGAAGAAGGAGGAAGAGGAAGAAGAUAGCGGAGAGGAGAAAGGCAAAGUAGUCGGCACCGGCUUCAAGUCUUGAGGAUUCAUCCCAUCCCGAUCCCACCCGUGCUCGUCGGCUUGAUUAGAAGUCUGAUGAAGAAGGAAACGAAGCUCGGGAUCUUGUGUACGGGUGGGAUCGGGAUGGGAUGCGGUGGGAGUGGGAUGAGAGAAAGAGGUUGGAAUGGGUGGGAGGUCCGGAUGGCGGGAUCGGUGGAUUGGGGGGAUGGGAGGGACAAAAUGGGUGAGAUGGAGAUGGGAUGGUAAAUCGGUGGGUUGGGGAUGGGAUGCAAAGCUGGAUCGUAUGGAAUGGGUGGGACCGGGAUGGGAUGGAAAGAUCGGGAUCUCGUGGAUGGGAUGGGAUGGGAUGAAAACGGGUCAGGUCGGGAUGGGAUGUGUAAAUCGGUGGGAUCGGGAUAGGAUGGAAAGUUCGGGAUCUUGUGGACUAGGAUGCAAGUUGGAAUGGGUGGGAGCCUUGAAAGUGAUUUUGGGGCCUGCGGAACCUUUUUUCCCGUGUGGGGGGAAAUGGAUCAGAGGUUUCGUCACGGGGAGUUUUUAUGACUUUAUCCCCCCCCCAAAAAGAGUUUUUAUGACUUUAUCCCCCCCCCAAAAAAAGUGGGUUGGACGACUUGGGGGGGGGAGGAAAGGGGGGGAGGAAAGGGGGGGAGGAAGGGGGGGAGAGAAAAGAAGAGAUUUGAGGUGGAAGACGAGCGAGAGAGUGUCGGUGAGAUCUAAUCGAUGGAGAGAGAGAGAGAGAGAGAGAGAGAGAGAGAGAGAGAGAGAGAGAGAGAGAGAGAGAGAGAGAGAGAGAGAGAAGCGACGACUACCCGACCGGGGUUGGGAUCCCGUCAAAAAUUGGAGAGUAUGCCGGACCAGGAAGAAAGAGGAGGAUUGACCGUCCUGCGCUGAGCGCAACGCGAUGUCGUGAAGACCGUAUCGAACCGGAAAGUUAGCUUCUAUACGUUGAUGAUGACCUUGUAUGCAAUCAUGAUCAGGAUGGGAACCGAUGGAUCGCAUGUGUUUGCCGGUAUGCAUGAGUCGG